UCAACUUGAGAAGAAGAAAUAGACCGUGAGAAGACAUGGCGGUGGAUAAAGAGCUGCUAGAGCUGGAUUUGUACGAGUUGUUGGGAGUUGGUGAGAAGGCGGUGGAUAAAGAGAUUAAGAAAGCCUACAGACAAAAGGCAUUGUCUUGCCAUCCAGAUAAAAAUCCAGAUAAUCCCAAAGCAGCCGAGCUCUUUCAUCAGUUAUCUCAGGCAUUGGCAGUCCUAACAGAUGCAGCAGCAAGGGCAGCAUAUGAUAAAGUGAGAAAAGCCAAGAAGCAGGCAGCAGAAAGGACUCAGAAACUUGAUGAAAGGAGGAAAAAAGUCAAGCUUGACCUUGAAGCCCGGGAAAGACAAGCCCAGACCGAGGUUAGCAAGGAGGAGGAGAUCCGGAUAACGAGGACAUUAGAAGAAGAGAUCCUACGGCUACGUGAAGAGGGAUCCCGCCAACUGGAGGAGCAGCAAAAGCUCAUCCAGGAGCAAAUUCGACUUGAGAGAGAGCAAAGAGUUCGAGGCAAACACGAUGGGUAUGGAGAGGAGGGCAAAGGAACCCCCAAGCUCAAACUGCGAUGGAAGUGCAAGAAAGAAGAUGAGACAAAAGGAGGCUAUUCAAAAGAAGUUCUCCUGCAAAUCUUACAAAAGUAUGGCGAGGUUCUGAAUCUAGUGAUCUCAAGCAAGAAGACUGGAAGUGCAGUUGUUGAAUUCGCCACGGCGAAAGCUGCUGAGAUGGCAGUAAAGAACGAAGUUGGCCUGAUAAACAAUCCUCUAAAGAUCACCUGGCUAGAGGGGCAGCCACAGAACAGCACAGUGUAUUCUGAUGGCACCAUCCAGCCACGAAUAACCCAGGGUUCUGUGGUUUCUGAACGCGACUAUGAAAGUCUUGUGAUGAUGCGGAUGCGCCAAGCCGCUGAGAGACAGAAACUGAUCGAGCAGAUGAAACAAGAGGAUGAGUCUUGCGCAUAGUAUAAGGAAGAACAGAAUUCUCUUACACUUUCACAUACUGCUUAAAUUAAGUC